GGGCUAACUCAGAGGAUGACACGAUUGGAGCUAAAUAGCUUGGGAGUUUACCUCAACAAGAACAAUGUACUAACAUUAUGUGAUUAAGUAGUUACCGGUGCAGUCCCACAGGGUUGACACAUCUUGGUGUUGGGGAUAGAUUGGUGGAUGAUACAGGAUGAGACGCCUACUGAGCUGGUUCCUAGUCGGCUCUAAAACAGCCCGCACCAUGUGGCUGUCUAUCUCCACGCCCACGUUAAAAAGCAAAUAUUCACUCCUGUGCACCUCGUCUUUUCAGGGGGACAACAUUUGCAAUGGGACGCACGGUAAAAAAGCUCUACUGUCAGACCCUCAGCUGUUUGAAGACCGCUUUGAGGAGCUGGUGACAGAGCUGUCGGAGCAGGACCUGGCAGAUCCUGCGCUGUCUGAUGCUCUGAACAGGCUGAAAGAGGUUUUGGUGUACAACUCUCCUGGAGGCAAGAGGAAUAGAGGCCUGUCUGUGAUUGGCUCACUGAGGGAGUUGCUUCCUCCCACUCAGCUCUCCCAGGACAUAGUUCAGAGGGCCCUCACGGUGGGCUGGUGCAUAGAGCUGCUUCAGGCCUUUUUCCUUGUGGCAGAUGAUAUAAUGGAUGCAUCUGUGACACGCAGAGGACAGCCCUGCUGGUACAAAAAGGAUGGGGUAGGCCUGGAUGCCAUCAAUGACUCAUUUCUCCUCGAAGGGUCAAUCUACAGACUACUACGCAGACAUUGCAGGAAUCAGCCAUACUACGUCCACCUACUGGAGCUAUUUACUGAGACAUCUUUUCAGACUGAGCUUGGCCAAGCUCUGGACCUCAUGACCGCUCCUCCAGGUCAGAUAGAUCUCAACAGAUUCACCAUGGAGAGGUAUAACGCUAUUGUGAAAUACAAGACUGCCUUCUACUCUUUUUACCUCCCAGUGGCAGCUGCUAUGCACAUGGCAGGAAUAAACAGUGAAGAGGAGCACAACAACGCCAAACACAUCCUGCUUGAGAUGGGCGAGUUUUUUCAAAUUCAGGAUGACUAUCUGGACUGUUAUGGAGACCCUGCUGUGACAGGAAAGAUUGGUACAGACAUCCAGGAUAACAAAUGCAGUUGGCUGGUUGUGAAAGCUCUGGAAAUCAUGACCCCUGAACAGAGAACAGAGCUGGAGGCGUGUUACGGACGCCACGAUGAUGCCAGCGUUGAAAAAGUCAAAGCCCUGUACAACACCCUGCAGAUGCCAACACUGUACCACAACUAUGAAGAUGAGAGCUACCAGCGGUUACAGAAACUCAUCGCAUGCCACGCUCAAAACCUCCCUCACUCAGUCUUCCUCAACUUCGCCAAAAAAAUCUACAAGAGAAACAAGUGAGAUGGAUUCAGAGAGAGUGGAAGGUGAAUCAGCCAGAAUACGAUAGAACUGUAAUCAUAACAAAGGGAUGCUCCACUCCCUUUUAAGAGAAGACACUUAAAAGCAUGACCUGAAGAGGACUUUGACUUCACAAAAUACUGAUGGAGGUUUAUGAGCUUUGCAGUGAUUUGUAGAUAUUUGGCUGUAAACGUCUUCAAAUAGCUUGCAUCUUUUCUUGUAUGUUAUGUAUUUAUUGAAGAAUUUAGUUGUUUUAAUGAUGACGUUGCAAUGACUCAACGACCCUUUGAGCUCUCAUCGCUGUCUGACUUUAGGCAUGCAUGAGACGAUGAAGUUACAAAGCCCUUCAGGUCAGAUUGUCUAGUUUUGGUUUAAUAAAAACAUUGGAUCAUUUAAAAACGAACAGAACAUUUGUGACAAUAUGUUUCUUAGAAAGCAAUAGAGGGAGAAAGCUGAUCCAUAUUUUAAAUCCAUAUAUUUUUAUAUUACUGCUGUAAAGUCUGUACAGGCCUGGGUGAAAUGCUUGUAAUAAAUAUGACAUGACCAAUGG